AUGUCGCUCACCGACGAGCCAAGAGAUCCACAUGCGCAAGUGGUGAGCGACCCAGAAGUUUCAGACGACGAAGGCCCACCGCCCGAACAGUUGGCUGCGGACGAGGACUUGUUGGAUGACACACCAGAAGACGAGGAGGAGAUAGAAUUGCGUCUCUGCCUCCGCCAAAAUCGCAUAGAAAGCAUCGCUAUCCCUCCAGAUUCCGCACCCACACUUACAGAAAUUGAUCUGUACGACAACCUCAUCGCGCACAUCAAAGGUCUCGACGCCUUCACCGAGCUUACCUCGCUCGACCUCUCCUUCAACAAGAUCAAGCACAUGAAGCGCCUCAAUCACCUCACCAAGCUCAAAGACCUCUACUUUGUGCAAAACAAGAUCAGCACAAUCGAGAACCUUGAGGGCCUAUCGAACCUCCGCCAGAUUGAACUCGGCGCGAACCGCGUGCGCGAAAUCCAAGGCCUGGAAACCCUCACCGCGUUGGAAGAGCUCUGGCUCGGCAAGAACAAGAUUACCGAAAUAAAAGGCCUUGACACUCUCUCCAACCUCAAAAUAUUAUCCAUCCAGUCCAACCGCCUGCGCACCAUCACCGGCCUCGAAAACCUGACCAACCUCGAAGAACUACACAUCUCGCACAACUUGCUCACCGAACUAACUGGUCUCGACAACAACACCAACCUGCGCGUCAUUGACAUCAGUGCGAACCCCAUUGAACACCUGAGCGGCCUCAAAAGCCUGAAGCACUUGACGGAGUUCUGGGCCAGCAACUGCAAGUUGAGCGAUUACGCGGAGAUCGAGCGCGAGCUAAGGGACAAGGAGGAGUUGGAAACUGUAUACUUUGAGGGCAAUCCAUUGCAGAGGAGUCAGCCCGCGCUGUACAGGAAUAAGGUUAGGUUAGCGCUGCCGCAGGUGGUGCAGAUUGAUGCUACUUUCGUAAAGCAAGUCUAGUCGAUCACGGCAUGUCGACCGAUUUGCUGUCAAUGUGCUAUCCUAUGCAGCGCAGCGACGUCGCCUUUUCCACAUCUUCAGCAAGGUUCCAUUGUCGAAAACCACGGAUAUAUUCGCACACGAAAGAGAGGUAUGACACUUCAACCUGGUAUAGCACCGGCCGGCAGAGAUGACUCUCGAUCAAGAUGAUUGUUAGGCAGGGGGAUGUGAAGAGCGCAUUUGCAUGGCGUCUUAUCGGGGAAUGUGGCAAAUGAGGCAUCAUGCAUGUAAUAGCAUAGAUUUUCUCCAUACUAGAUAGAUGGUCGGAUAGGUGUUUGGUAGGGCGGAAGAGAUACCCCAAAUCAAUGGUUAUAACUUGUACAC